GUCAGAGGAUUCUCUCCGACCUUGUCAUUGGUCAGGAUGGCCCCUAUGCUAAUAAGGGGGUAGCCACAGCCACUAGAAGGUUCCAGCGUCCUACCUCCUGCCCAAACUUACCACAUCCAGGGGCAGAUCUAGAUGGCACCUACCUUUUAUCAUUACUUGCCUGUGCCCGUGGCUGACAAAUCAGAGUCAAUGCUGCGAUGUAGGAGGCUGGGGUGGCCGGAGGUCUUGGGGAUCCUGUUGGUGCUGGGUGGUGGGUUUGUGUGCCUGAUUGUCUUCGCUGUCAGGGCCAACAGCAAAGCCUGCAAUGGUGGCCUCCUGGCAGAGCAGGAGUGUCCCAAUGUCACCUGCCUCCUGGAGCUCCAGCUAAACCAAACCCGGCAAGACUUACUACGGACCACGGACCAGGUUGCCACCUGCCACCACACUUUGGUGAACGUGUCAGCUUCCCUGGAGAUGGAGAAGGCCCGAGGUCUGGAGCAGCUCAUCCAAAAAGAGGAGCUUCAGGGAGAGAAUGAGAAAUUGAAGCAGAAGCUGCAAGAAGCUCUGGAAGAGACAAGAGAAGGAGGCCUCGAGCAAGGAAGGGGAAACCAGCUUUGGCAGCUCCUUGCAAGCACUCAGCCCCUUGAUGGUCCCUGCGUACCUGCUCCUGGGCCUCAUCGCUCUGCUGGCCUGAGGCCUGCCGGUCAUGGUGCCCCUUGUUCUCAGAAGACAGACCACCACAGGACACCUGGGUGCCUCCAUUGGUUAAGCGUCUGCUUUCAGCUCCGGUCAUGACCCCGGGGUCCUGGGAUUGAGCCCCACGUCAGGCUCCUUGCUCAGUGGGGAGCCUGCUUCUCCCUCCGCCUGCCGCUCCCCCCAUUUGUGCUCUCUCUCUCUGAUAAAUAAAUAAAUAAAAUCUUUAAAAAGAAAAACUAGGCCAUCACGACAAAGCAUAUUCUUUUCUAGCGAGUCAGCAAACCACAUCCCAGAUGAGCCCCGGAAAGAGCUGUCCCCCCUGCAGAAACUUGUCACCUCCUGAUUUUGAUCAAAUAGGCCUUGCUGGGUUUCUCCCUGUCUACCAUUUAUUUAUCUGUGGGGCCAAGCAAGUGUCGACACCCUCCUCACACAUCCUCCCCCAGGGGCACAGCUGAGCCUGACAUCUCUCUCCAUGUCUGGCCCCUCUCCUCCCUUGGAAAGUGCAUAAACUCUGUCCAGCUCGUGCUCCA